AAAGGGUCUCACUCUUUUGCCCAGGCUGGGGUGCAGUGGCACUAUAUCGGCUCACUGCAACCUCUGCCUCUGGAACUCAAGUGAUCAUCCCACCUCAGCCUCCCAGGCCUGCCAGACACCUGCGCCGGCCCGCAGCCACCGCGGCAGCUGCCAGCAUGUGUGGCCCAGACAUCCAGACACCGUCUGCCUUCCAGAUCUGCAGGAUCAUGCGGCCAGAUGACGCCAGUGUGGCCCGCAAUGUCUAGGGGUGACCAUCCUGAAGAUGAUCGAGGAGGUGGGCGCCAUCAUCAGCACCUGGCAUUGCAACAGCCAGAACAGGGACCGCUGUGUGGCCACUCUGGCACGGGUCGAGCACACCGACUUCCUGUGGCCCAUGUGCAUCGGUGAGGUGGCCCACAUCAGCGCGGAGAUCACCUACACUUCCAAGCACUCAGUGGAGGUGCAGGUCAACGUGAUGUCCGAAAACAUCCUUACAGGUACCAAAAAGCUGACCAAUAAGGCCACCCUCUGGUAUGUGCCCCUGUCGCUGAAGAACGUGGACAAGGUCCUCCAAGUGCCUCCUGUUGUGUAUUCCCGGCAGGAGCAGGAGGAGGAGGGCCGGAAGCGGUACAAAACGCAGAAGCUGGAGCGCAUGGAGACCAAGUGGAGGAACCAGGACGUCGUCCAGCCAGUCCUCAACCCAGAGCCGAACACUGUCAGCUACAGCCAGUCCAGCUUGAUCCACCUGGUGGGGCCUUCAGACUGUACCCUGCACAGCUUCGUGCAUGAAGGCGUGACCAUGAAGCUCACGGACGAGGUCGCCGGGAUCGUGGCUGCACGCCACUGCAAGACCAACCUCGUCACAGCUUCCGUGAACGCCAUUAAUUUUCACGACAAGAUCAGAAAAGGCUGCAUCAAGACCAUCUCGAGACGCAUGGCCUUCACGAGCAAUAAAUCCGUAGAGAUAGAGGUCUUGGUGGACGCCAACUCUGUUGCGGACAGCUCCCAGAAGCGCUACCGGGCCGCCAGUGUCUUCACCUAAGUGUCACUGAGCCAGGAGGGUGGGUCGCUGCCCAUGCCCCAGCGCUUGCCCCAGACCCAGGAUGAGAAGAAGCGCUUUGAAGCCUGACUUGGUGGCUCAAGUCUGUAAUCCCAGCACUUUGGGAGCCUGAGGCAGGCGAAUCAUCUGAGGUUGGAAGUUCAGACCAGCCUGCUCAACAUGGUGAAACCCCGUCUCUACUAAAAAUACAAAAAAUUGGCCGGGCGUGAUAGUGAUGGUGCACGCCUGUAAUCCCAGCUACUCAGGAGGCUGGGUCAGGAGAAUCUCUUGAACCCGGGAGGCGGAAGUUGCAGGGAGCACUCCAGCCUGGGCAACAGGAGCGAAACUCUGUCUC